AUGGCCGAAACACCAACCCCAAAGACAGAAAACUGGUGGGAGGCCUUCCCAGCUCCCCGAGCCAGAUGUCCAGAGAUGAGCGCGGAUGAGCUCUACGCUGCCUUUGACGAAAUGGAUAUCAAGAACGAGCCGAGAUCGUUCUUGCUCGUUGACGUUAGGAGGAAUGAUUGGGAGGGCGGAACCAUCAAGACGUCGCUCAACCUGCCCGCUCAGAGCUUCUACCAGUCUCGCAAGACGCUGCUGGAGCUUUGUGAUAGGGCUUCGAUCACGCGGGUUAUCUUCUAUUGUGGCUCUUCGAGCGGAAGGGGACCGAGGUGUGCGGGUUGGAUGCAGGAUUAUAUCAAUGAUGUGUCCAAGUUUGGGAGGAAGAGUGAGCUUAAGGUGUUUGUUCUCCAGGGUGGAAUCAAGGGCUGGGUCAAAGAUUUCGAAGGUUCAAUGGUCGAUGGUUUCGAGGCAAAGUACUGGGAGCAAUUCCUGUAA